GCUAUACCGUUGUAUGUGUGAAUGCAAAUAAUUUUUUUUAUAUGGUAUUUUGAUACUCUAUUUUUUGCUUUUGUUUAUGCAGGAAAAAACUGUUGCACACUUGUCUUAUAUGGCUGAUUGGAACCCAGAUCCAAGGGUUUUAGCUAAGAUUCAACAUUUGAGCAUUUCUGAAUACUGGAGGAUUAAAUAUUUUAAAUCAAGACAAUGUCUAUUGAGUGAUCUUUGUUCAAACUUCUAUGAUGAUGCUAAUGAUUGCUUCAUCAUAGGUGAAAAUAGGCUAACAAUUACUUUGGAAGAUGUUCAUUAUUUGUCUGGUCUCCCAAUUGAUGGGAAGCCACUGGUGAUUGCUGAUCCGGCGAAUAUUAUUGAUGAGUGUGUAAAACUAUUGGGUCGCGUAAAUCCGGAUGAUAAGAAGGGAUGGAUUAGUUUUAAGUGGCUUAAGACUACAUACAGUGUUGUUCCACCCGGCAUUGAGGAGGAUGAUCGAGUGUUUUUGUAUUAUGUUCGGGCCUACGUGCUUUACGUCAUUGGGGCGGUUAUAUUCCCUAGCUCCUCGCGUCGUUCCUCUGUAUCAGCAAACUAUCUGCUUUUCCUGGAGGAUAUUGAGAAAUUCAAUGAUUAUGCAUGGGGAGCAGGGAUGCUUGCUCAACUUCUUAGCUCAAUAAAAUAUGCAAAAAUGAAAGGAUUAAAAACCAUGCAUGGAGCGGAUUGGUUGCUUCAAUUGUUUAUAAUGGAGCGUUUGCCUUCUGUGGCAAAGACGCUUCUUCGUGUGGAUGGCGAAUAUCAGGUGCCUACGGAGGUUCCCUACAUAGUGGAGUGGUCGGCAUUCCUUCGUGUUCCAUCCCAAUACAGUUUUAAGGGCUACGAUUUUCAUCAGAAGUUGGUAGAUGCCGGCCAACAGAUCAAAUGGAGGCCAUAUGUUGAGCGGAAUGGUGUGCAUGCAGAAUCAGAGGAUUGAACGUUCGAGAAUGUUUUAUUCUCCAACUGUUUUACUUGGAUUCAAAUAUCUUUUUUAUCAUCGGCCUGAACUAAGCCCUCGACAACUUGGAAUUACCGAAGUGGAUGAAUCUAGAUUGCGGCCGUUGAUUGCACUUAAAGAGAGAGGCCGUAAUGGGCCUCAACAACUGGAUUGGCCGAAAGUAUACAAUGAUUAUAGGGACGAUGACAAAAGUAUCUAAAAUUUUAAAAAUAUUUACAAAAGUACCUGUAAACUUUUUUUAUUUACAAAAAUACGACUGAUUUAAAAUUAAUUACGAAAGUAUCAAAAAAUGAAAAUUAAUUACAA